GCGUGUCCCUAUUUUUUAGCCUUUUUCAACUCCUUUUCAUCUCACUUUCUUUCCUUAAUGUAAACAAUACGCAUAUAAAAGGAGAAACAAAACUACUUAGCUAGUUCAUAGAUGAUAGAGAGACCAACAUGGUUCUUCUAGGUUUAAUGCAGUUCUCUGUUUUGUCACUCUGUUUCUUAGUCUUAACAACUUUUCCUUAUCAAGUUUCAAGCCGUGGCAUCUUUGGAAGAAAACCAAAUGGUGCUUACCCUUCUUUGGAUGAUGGAAUAUGUGCUACUUCUGUCAUUGUUCAUGGAUACAAAUGCCAAGAACUUCAGGUUACAACUCAAGAUGGGUACAUUCUAAGCUUGCAAAGGAUCCCAGAAGGUAGAGGUAAAGGUAGUAAUGGUGGGACUAGGAAACAACCGGUGCUUUUACAACAUGGAGUAUUAGUGGAUGGUAUGACAUGGCUUAUGAACUCUCCAGAACAAGACUUGCCUCUAAUUCUUGCAGAUAAUGGCUAUGAUGUUUGGAUUGCUAACACAAGAGGAACCAGACAUAGUCGCCGACAUGUCUCAUUGGACCCCUCUAACCCGGCCUUUUGGAAAUGGUCUUGGGACGAACUUGUUACAUAUGAUCUACCUGCUGUGUUUGAUUAUGUGUACAGCCAAACAGGGCAGAAGAUUAAUUACGUUGGUCAUUCUCUGGGGACUUUGAUUGCUUUAGCUUCUUUCUCCGAAGGAAAAUUGGUUAACCAGCUUAAAUCAGCGGCGUUAUUGAGUCCCAUUGCCUAUCUGAGCCACAUGAACACCGCACUUGGUGUUAUUGCAGCUAAGUCCUUUAUUGGCGAGAUAACUACAAUACUUGGUCUAGCUGAAUUUAAUCCCAAAAGUUUACCGGUUGAUGGUUUUCUCAAGUCUCUAUGUGCUAACCCUGGAGUUGACUGCUUUGAUUUGUUGACUGAAUUAACUGGUAAAAAUUGUUGUCUCAAUUCUUCAACUGUUGAUCGAUUCUUAAUGAAUGAACCUCAAUCAACAUCAACAAAGAAUAUGGUGCACUUGGCUCAAAUUGUUAGACAUGGAGUUCUAGCAAAAUUCAAUUAUGUAAGACCAGAUUAUAACAUUAUGCAUUAUGGAGAAAUAUUUCCACCAAUAUAUAACCUAUCAAAUAUUCCACAUGAUUUACCUCUCUUCAUUAGCUAUGGAGGACAAGAUGCACUUUCAGAUGUUCGUGAUGUUGAGAAUUUACUUGAUAAACUUAAGUUUCAUGAUGUGGAUAAGAGAAGUAUUCAAUUUGUGAAAGACUAUGCUCAUGCUGAUUAUAUUAUGGGGUUUAAUGCUAAGGACAUAGUUUAUAAUUCUGUUCUUUCAUUUUUCAAUGGUCAAAUCAAUACUUGAUAUCUUACAAAGAAUAGCAAGUUGUAUGGAAAAAAUUAAAUUCCAUGUACAGGUUGUCAUGGGAUUAAUAUAUGUUAUUAUUUAUCUAGUUAAGAUUAAUUAAUGGAAUAGCAAUUACGACAAUGAACUAUCUUAGGUUA